AUGGAGUUAUUUACUGAUAGUUCUGGGAGUGCAUUUGGUGGAUGUGCUUCCAAUGCAUAUUACAUCAAACAAAAACUGUAUUGCGGAUGCAAUUUCUCGUCAACAGUGGGCACGGUUUCUUCGCAUGUCUCCAGAGGCUCUACAAGAACCAGAAAAGGUCCCACAGUCUUUUCUACAAGUGAUCUCAAAUUUGAAUCCAACAAGUUGUUAACGGCGUCAAUCUCACCAAACACAAGUGACACUUAUGAAACUGCUGUCAGGUCAUUUGAUCAAUUUAGAUCUUCACACGGACAUGCCAUUGUUUGGCCACCCUCACUUAAUGGUAUCUGUAACUUUAUAGCAUAUUUAUCUGUGCGAGGUUAUGCUCCGUCUACUGUCAAGUCUUAUAUUUUUGGUAUAGCCAUUAAAUGUAAAAUGUUAAAUAUUACUGAUAACACUCAAAAUUUUAUAAUUAAGAAAAUGUUAAUUGGAAUGGAAAGGCUUGACAAACGAGCGGAUUCAAGAUUGCCAAUUACGCCACAGAUUUUAGAUAAAUUGAUUUCAUUAUUACCAUCUGUAUGUCUCUCACAGUAUGAGACCUUAUUGUUUUCGGGGUUGUUUAGUUUGGCCUAUUUCGGCUUUUUCAGGAUAGGGGAAUUAGUAGUCAAUAAAUCACUGGCACAUUAUCACACUUUGUCGUUAGAUGAUUUUAGAUUUUUGGAAAAUAACGUUUCUAUCAACCUAAAAUUUUCAAAAACUGAUCAGUUAGGCAAAGGUAGUUUAAUAAUUAUACCUUCAAUUAAUUCUCAUAAUUUGAAUACUCGCCUGAUCGUCACUUUAAGACUUUCAGGUCAACAAAAGAGUGUUUGGUUGGUGGGUUCUUCAAUCAUCAAACAUGCAUUUGUACAUGCUAGAAGGUCUGUCGAUGGUGUAAAUUUAGGUUUGGAACGAAUAAAAACUACAAUAUGGUGGCAAGGAAAAAGUGGAAUGAGGAUUUGUGAGAUAAUACCCAAAGUCAAACAUUUGCUUACAUUUGAAGAACCCCCGCAAGUAUUAGUAUUUCACUGUGGUGGAAAUGAUAUCGGACAAAAAGUGUCAUGUGUAUUAGGACACGAUAUUUUAAAAGUAAUUGAUUGCCUUCGGGUCUUACUACCACAGUCAAAAUUUGUUUAGUCUCAAAUUUUACCCAGAUUGAAAUACAGGAAUGAGAUUGUACACAGAUCUUUGAACAGAACUAGAGUUAGAUUAAAUAGUUUAG